AUUCAUGAUCCUAUCUUUUACCAUAGUAUGAUCCGUAAGUUUGCCUCCCAACAAUACGGUCCUUUGCCGCGAAAAGUGCGGUACUGUUCCUGGGCUGGCUACAGCCACAAUGGCUGCUGUUUAUUCGGAAAAGGAGGGUAGUUUGCUAUCAAAUAAUGAAAGAUCGUCCACUGAAUAUGAGACGGCCGCAGUCCAAGAGGUUAGCGUUGAUCCAGUUAGCAAAAUCAAAAUAUUUAAUGCUGAAAACACCACCGAAGAAAUGGAAUUAGCUCUCAGUGGCCCAAUAGUGAAAGCCCAGGGCCACGCCGAAGUUGUUGAAACCAAUGCUGCAGUUCCAGCCGUUAAGAUUAAAAUAGAAGAAGUGGAUGAAGAUGAACGUGUUUCUGUUUAUCUGGACGAGGCCAACGAAGGAUCGGAUGGUAGGACCACCAAUAAAGAAGACUUGUCCGAGAGAGAUAAAAUUGCCGAUGGGGAUUGGCUAUUUUGCUGUGAGGAUAGCAGUGUGGCCUUUGGGAACAAGGAGGGUUACCUAGAGCAACAUAGGGAGAAAAUCCACGACGGUCCCAUAGUCUGCCUGGACACAGAUUCACAAUGGGAUAACCUGCUCGUCUCAACAGAUGGAGGCCAGAGAACAUUUUGCUGUGCUGUGUGCGGACAGAGGUGUUCAAGCUCGAAAGAGUUUUUUCAACAUCAACUUGAGCACCGGAAUCAAGAGAUCAAACAGGAGGUAGAUGCUGACUACCGCAAGGGUAUGGUAAAACCGAAAAGAUUUCAGUGCAAGGAUUGUGGGAAAGCAUUUUUCUCUAUUGGUCAGUGUCUCAACCAUCAGCGAUCUCAUAAACAGGCCUCAAAAUCUGUGUUUCAUCAGCUUGCCCAUUUAAAGAAAAAAUCAUUCCAGUGUCCCACUUGUGGACGCUGUUACUCUCGCGCUUCGGCCCUUGACGCACACCGUCACUGCCAUGAAGUGAAGCUGGUGAAAUCCAAAAGCUUUGAAACAACUGAAAAACCUCCGUCACUUAUUGAUGAGCCAGAACAAGCUGAAAUCAGUGAGGCAAAACUUGAACAGACUGGCGAUCAUCAGCAAAAUGUGUAUCAGUGCAUCUGUGGCAAAUCUUUUCGGACAAUGGGUGGCCUUGGAACGCACCAGAGAUUCUCACGCACCUGUUCAAAUGGGAAGGUAAAAGUAAAGGUAAAGGAGAAAGUCAAACAUCAGUUUGAAUGCUCUGAAUGUGAUAAGACUUUUGUUAGCACUGCGGCUCUGACAGCACAUCAGCACUGGCAUAAAAGACGAUCUGUCGCCGAUGGCCAGCUAUACAAAUGUACAGAGUGCGGCAAGAACUUCACUUCGCUCUCGUUCCUCAAUAACCACCAGACAAAAUUUCACAGCAAAGAGCUUCCAGCAAAAUCAUUCCUUCAUCAAGUUUGCCAGCUUAAGAAGAAAGCGUUUGAGUGUCAGGAAUGUGAUCGCCGGUUUUCGCGGUUGUCCGCUCUGCAGUCUCAUCAGCUCUAUCAUACCGAUGUCUUCCAUGACAUUGCAAAGAGGGGCGAAGUUAAAACAUUCCAGGAUGAGGAAGAAGACUAUGCUUUUGGCUCCACCGUGUAUUCUCAGCACAAAGAAAAGACAGUGAAAAGCUCCGAUGAGGUUCUAGAUGUUGAGGCUAUAGAUGUUGAUUAUGAAAUCGUCCGCGUCACAGCCUCAGACUAUGUUGUGAGCAAUAGUGGUCAGGAUCCAAAUCCAGACCUGGUGUUGUUGUGCGAAUCUGACCAAGAGGAAAAGGAUGAAAUUAGUUUGAGCUUAAUGCAGACAGGUGCAUCUACAGCGUCCCCCUUGCAGUUGUCUCCAGAUGAUGUAAAAAUUGUACAGAUUGAUUUUGAGCAUUUAAAUGAAGAAACGUUAAAAAACGAUGUAAUAAUGAGCAAAAGUUCCCCUCAAGAUUCUGGGUUGUAUACCUGUCCACGUUGUGCCCAAACAUUUGUUAAAGCUUUGUCCUUGCAUCACCACAUGCUUUGGCAAAAAGAUUGCCAUAAAUUUAAAAAGGAAAAAUAUGAGGACAGAUUUGGUCACAAAUCAUACCAGCUUUCAGAUCUGGAUAAGAACGGUAUUAAAAAUGAGGAGUGUGGCGUAAGCUUUUCCAGACUGUCUGCAUUGGAGUCUCACCAACAAAGUCACAGGAUUACAGAAAAAACAUUUGCAUGCUUGCAAUGUGACAGAAGCUAUUUAACUGCAGCUGGUCUAUGCAAUCAUCAGAAAGUUUGCUGUGGGAGAAAACCCAGCGUUCAAAAUGUCAAAGAAGAAGAAAAGACGAAACAUUUCAAUCCAACCAAGUCACUUUUGGGCCCAAAGGUUCAUCACUGUAAAAAAUGUGGCAAAGGUUUUUGGUCUUUGGGUGCUUUUGAUCAUCACAAGCAGUACCACGUACAGUGUGCAGAUGUUGAGAGGUCUACAUCUGAGCCUGAGACUGGUCAUAUUCGACGCAGGAAGAAGAGUCGGGGGGGCCGUAGGCAUGGCCAUAGGAAAGAAUACUCCAAAGAGAAAUAUGAAUGUGAAGUGUGUGGUAAAUCGUACCACAUGCUUGGUUGUUUCCUUAAACACAAGCUGUCCCAUGAUGCCAAUGGUCUUCAGCGUGCUGUCAAGUCUUUUGAUUAUCAACUCGAAAACUUGAAGAAGAACUCGUACCAAUGUCCCGACUGUGGAAAGGGUUUCUCCCGUGCCAUGGCACUGCAGUUUCACAUGAAGUGCCAUGGCUAUGAUAGUGGCCUUCGUGGGAUUGAUUCUGCUCAUUUGCAACUAAGUCCUAAGAAGCUUCGAAGCCCAACAUCCAAUGCUUCAUUUACGGGUGAUUUAUUGCUAGAAAAUCAUCAAAAAAGGUGUUCAAAACCCAACAAAGACGCGGAAUAUCCACAAGAAUGUGAAACAACAGGAAUAGAGGAGCAAGUUGCAUCGUCUCAAAAUGCUGAAAAUGUAGUGGUACAUAACACGGAUACCACAACAGAACAGAAGAAAACAUUAGCCAGUUUGAAGUAUAAGUGUCGUGACUGUAACAGAAGCUUUUCGGUGGUUGGUGCGCUUAACUUUCACAAAAGGAUUCACGUCAAAGGUUAUACAUCUAAGAAGUUAAGAGCUGAACCAGCACGGCAGCCGAAGGUUGUAAGGGUAAAACUAGAGCCAAGUUUACCAAACGCGCCUUUCACUUGUCCUGAAUGCGGAAGAUUCUUCAGCACAAAUUCAGCUCUUGGCACACAUAAGCGUUGGCACAAAGACAAAAAAUUUGCCAGAUUUCUGUCAGGAAGUUAUAAGAAAUGCUCAAGGAAAAGUGUGGACGGUGGACCUUAUUUGUGCAAUUUAUGUGGCAAGGGAUUCUUCUACCUUUGUGUUCUUCGCAGGCAUCAGCUGCAUCACCCUCGGAUGGAGUCUCAACACCAUGAGCAAGCUGACCGACAAUCAAAGGACCGUUUCACCUGUCCAGAUUGUCCAAUGUUUUUCUCGAGUGGGUCUCUUCUAACGGCUCAUUUUACAGACACGCAUGGCAAGCUUGAUCAUACUGAAAAAGUGCAGUCUGAGAUCUCCGAUACUGGGGAAUCAGGUCCACCUCUCCAAAAAAAGUGCAAAAUGAUCACCAAGAAAGAGAAGCGCAAGGCGCGGUAUAAGUGCCCUUACUGCCCUAAAAGUUUCUUGAAUGAACGUGGUCUUCGUGCACACAAAUGGCAGAAACACCUCAAGGUUGAAGAACAACCUACUGCAUCUCGUGAGGAGCGUGUUUUUACUUGCUCUCCAUGUAAGUUGCUUUUCGCUUCUGAGGAGGCUCUUCAUAACCACAAAAGCACUUGCAAUGCAAAUAAGAAAAAGCUGAAACCAUCUACAGAAGAGGAACCUAUUCAAAACAUAACGACCAAAUGUUUUUAUAAAUGUCACAAAUGUGCUAAAGAUUUUCACAGCGAGGAGCAGUUAAAUGCACAUAAGGAGCUGGCAAAAAGUCGACCACACACUUGUGCUCUUUGCUGCCGUGGUUACUGGACUGAAAGCCAGCUGCAGCAGCAUCUCGCAUGGCACGAUGAAGUACGCCGUCGCCUCCCAACCGAACUGAGAUACAGACUCGGUACUUCAGGGUCCAAACUGAAGGCUUUACCUCAUAAAUCCACAUCCAAGGUCAAUUACUCAGUGCUUUCUAAUCCAGAGCACAACUUUCAAUGUCAGGAUUGUGAGAAAAGCUUCUUGUCACCUGAAGCUUUACAGCAGCACCAGGCUGUUCACAAAUCUGAGGAACCGUUUCAAUGUUCUCUGUGUCCACAGAUAUUUCAUGAUAUCCGAGAUCUCAUUGACCACCAUCAGGAGUGUUUGGGUGAUAAGGAGAGAAAGGACAGUAAGUUGAUUCCUCCAGAAGGAGAUGCUGGGAACCUGACGUGCAUUGAGUGUGGGCAUUCCUUUAACAAGGAAGAAGAGCUGCAUCAGCAUUAUAUUGCACAUGCACGUGGAGAGUUCUGAAAAUAUAUGUAUAAAGUAAUGUAUAAAUAUGGAAUGGUGAUACUUUUUCUCCAUCACAGAUUGAACAUAUUAACUGGUUUAUUUUAACACUAUAACCACUGUAUUGUUAUAUAAUGUUGAUUGUUGAGUACAGUAAAACUGUUUGGAAAACAGGAAAAAGGAAGAUGCUUUUAGUUUUAACUGUUUUGCAUAAAUAGAGGUAGGGAGAUGAAAACAUGGCUGCUGAAAUCAGAGCAUUACUAUAAGUAUGUAAAAUUAUGUUGUUACUUUGAAUCUUAUUAGAUCUCUGUUAUGUAACCGAUGGCCAUGCUGUUCUCAAGGUAACUCUUCUUAAUAUGUAUUUAGACAUUUUCCUCACGUUUUCCUGCAGUUUAAUGUCUAUAUUAUUGCUUUGUUGUCACCCUGAAAGAGUUUUCAAUAUUUGAAACUGACAAGGUGUUUGUUAAAUAUGGCUAGUAAAUGUUGUUGGAGUUGUUAAAAUGUUUUUUCUAAGCAUCCAUUAAAUCUGAAUAUUAUGCUUGAAUCUUUUCAUCUAUGAUUUUGAUUUGUGAUUGUAUAUUUUGUGUCAUACACAAUCUGACAAAUUGUGGCAUUGUACCCUUAAUGUUAUUUAUGGUACAAUGUUAAGCCUGAUGUCACGCAACACCAUAUAUGGAAGGUCAAAUACUGUUUCUGGGUCCACUUAACAACCAAACAGUCUGACCUUGAAUAUUUUAAUAACAUUUUCAAAAAUGGGACAGUCCACCCAAAAAUGAAAAUUCUGUCAUAAUUUACUCAACCUCAUAUUGUUCUUAAGGUGUAUACAUUCCUUUUCCUUGCUUAAGACAAAGGAAGAUAUUUAUAAGAAUGUCAGUAACCAAACAGAUCUCAUCCCCCAUUUACUGCCAUAGUAAGGAUAAUAAAUGUAAUGGGGGGUGUGAUUUGUUUGAUUAUUGACAUUCUUAAAAAAAUCUUCCUUCGUGUUUAGCAGAACAAAUUUAUACAGGUUUGCACUUUGGAACAACCUGAAGGUGAAUAAAUAAUGACAGAAUUUUUGUGUGAAGUCUUCCUUAAGUCUUUCCACACUUGUAGGACAUGCACAGUAUUUCUGUUGAAAAUUUACCGACGAUACUGGGACAAGUUAAUUUUCUUAUCAAUAUGCAUUGCAACAUACUGGUUGGAUAUUGAUAUUAAGAAUGUCUAAGCUGCAACUGCUGCCAAAGGCAGUGCUUUGUUCCAGUGCAUUAAAACCCAUUUUCAUUUGUAUUCAUGGCAUGUUGAAGCAUAAUUAAGAAUAGUGACCAUUUGAAGAACUAAAGCAUUAUAAAAGACUGACUUGUAAAGAAUGUGAUAUCUUGAUAUUUGUUUGUUUAGGUGUGUAGUGACUUUUGCCUAGAAAACAUUCCAAAUUAGUGAGAAUCUUUUAGACAUUAAACAUUGUUUUGCUUGAAGAGGAAUUAAAAGUAAAUGCCACACAAAGAGUGGACUUCUAAAGCCACAAAAAUAGUACCAUCAAGAUAUCAAUCCUCAAGAUUUGACUAUGACCAACAGUAUAUUAAACCUGGUCUCAAGGAGUUGCGUACAAAAGAUUGUACAUAUUUCCCUGCUGACACUCAUUGUCAGAUGUUUUAUUUUCCCGGUCUCAAGGAGUCGCUCACAAAAUAUUGUACAUAUUUCCCUGCUGACAUACUUUAUGUACUGAAUGUCUUAAUGACUACUAAUGUUUUAUUUUGCUCUUAUGGUACUUUAUCUGACCUGCUUUUGCGAGUUCACAUGUAUAUCUAUUAUAAAAACAGUGAAUGUAAAUUCUUCAUAAUUGUUCAAUUAAAAUGGUCAUAAUUUCAGUAAAACUGUGUUUCUUCAUUGCCUUUAUCGAUAGGAAUUGCAUGUUUAUUUUUUCAUCGAUAGGACAAGAGCUGUGGCCUCUUUUAACCAGUAUGCAUAUUAAAUCUUGGAUCAACAAAUUCUUGCUCAAGUACAGUACAGAUCUGUUCCAUUUAGUUAAGCUGAACAACAAAAUUAUUUACAUAUUUAUUUACCCCCUAUAGCAAUCGUUUUGUUGUGUUGCGUUUGUAAUAGCAUUUUUAUGUAGUACUUGUAGUUAUUUGGCAGCAUGUGAGGUGAACACUAUUGGUCAAUAGUGCAUGACUAAAGCCUAUUAAAGGCAUCCACAUUUUUGAAAUUAGUUUUUUGGAGAUCAAUGUAAUCAUGUUAACACAGUUAUUUCAUUUAUUACCAAGUAAAAAUUCUUUCUAUUGAAUUUCUUUUUGAAAUUGAUGAUUUGAAAGAAAAACAAUAUGAGACCACCAAAGAUGUAUCAGUAUUUUAGUAGUCACAAUGUAAUUCCAGUCAUGUCAGAGCCAUGAGUUUCUGUCGACAUGGGUUUCCUUUUCCUGUUUCCUCCACAGUCCAUGCAAUUUUGAUGAACUCCCCAAAAUAGUUAUAAAUUUGUGGUGUUAUAAUUAUUUUGAUACAUUUUCUACUUUUCUAAAAAUGUUGAAAACCUUAAAACUUAUUAACUGUAUUGCAUAUCAGAUACUAUAUAGCACUUCGGAGAACAUAAGCAACGCUGGUCGAGAAGAACUUACUUUGUACAAUCUAAACACUAUACAAACGUCUAAAACAAAUGUUAAACAAAUAUCUUGAGGAUUUCAUUAUAUAUGUACGAUUUUUU